AUGGAUGCUGCGAUUAGUGCUCCGGUUCAAGUUACACUGCAGAAAUUGCUUGAUCUCGCCACUCCAGACUUGAGUCUGGUGUGGGAUUUCAAGAAAGACUUAAGAAAGUUAGACGGAUCGUUGAAAAUGAUGGAUCGUGUCUUACAAGAUGCUGAGAAACGAGAAGUUACCGAGGAGGCUGUCAAACUCUGGCUCAAGAACCUUCGGGAUGUUACUUACGAUGCUGAUCAUGUCUUGGAUGAGAUCAACUAUGAAAAUAUGCGUCAUAUGAUAACUAGACCUGUCAAUGAAGUUCUUUCAGUCCUUCCGAUAGUUGGAAUGGGAGGGCUUGGCAAGACAACCUUAGCUCGGUCGGUCUUUAAUCACCAGCACACACACAGUCAUUUCGCCCUUAGGAUUUGGGUAUGCGUUUCUGAAAAUUUUGAUGUGAUGACGCUUUUUAAAAGGAUUUUGGAGUCCUUAGGAAAAAGUUUUCAAGGAGCCAGCAGGCAAGCUGUUGUGGAUAGGCUUCGAGAAAAAUUGGAAGGCAAAAGAUACUUGCUUGUUCUUGAUGAUUUGUGGAAUGAAAAUAGAGAAGCUUGGGAGGAUUUCAAAAAUACUAUGGCUGGAAUUAACCCCAACAGUGGAAAUGUCAUCAUGGUGACUACACGUCAGCAAAGUGUGGCAUCAAUCGUGAGAUCUUACAGAGAUCCAUACAGCUUGAAAGUAUUAACAAAUGAUGAAUGUUGGUCUAUAAUCAGAGCAAGGACCUUUGGAGAUGCAGAAGUACCAGAACGAUUUGAGAAAGUUGGAAAGGAGAUUGCUCGAAAAUGUAGAGGUCUGCCAUUAGCAGCAAACAUGGUCGGCGGAACUUUGCAAGGAAAGGAAGUAGAUGAGUGGGAUUCUGUUCUAGAGAUCGGGCUUUCAAAUCUUGAAGCAAAUCCGAACAGUAUAGAGCAAAUGCCGCCUAAAAUCGGAAUAUUGUCUCGUCUUCAAACAUUACCCUUUUUUAGAGUGGGUGACAAGGAAGGCUGCCGAAUCGAAGAGCUAGGGUUUCUGAAGAAUCUUACAGGCAAACUGGAUAUAUACGAUCUUGAACUAGUGAAUGGCAUAGAAGAAGCUAAGAAGGCGGAUCUGUUUGGAAAGCCAAAGAUAUAUAAGUUACAUUUAAUUUGGGGAACAUACACUUAUGAGAAUGUCUCAGAAUGCAACAACAACGAUGAAAGUGUCCUCGAAGGCCUCCAACCUCACCAGCAUUUGAAGAGCCUAACAAUUGAAGGGUUCAGAGGGGUCAGAGGUUCAAACUUCGCAUCAUGGACUAUGAGAAUGGAGGUAUUCCUUGAUGGCAGUGGUUGGUUGAAACUUGAUAAAUUGAUCGAGAUCAAUUUCAAAAAUUGCAAAAAUUGUGAAGAAAUUCCCAUGUUUGGCCACCUGCCACUCCUCAAAUAUCUUACCUUACACAAUUUGACUAGCGUAAGAUCCAUAGGUCCUUCAUUCUAUGGUGGCCAAGAGACAAGAGUAAUGUUCCCAGCACUUGAAAGACUCAUUCUAAAGAACAUGCCAAACCUAACAGAGUGGGCGGAAGCUGAGUUGAAGCCACUGGCGGAAACACGAACAUGCAGAGAGCAGGUAUUUCCUCGCCUUAAAGUUUUGGAGAUUGAAUAUUGCCACAAAUUGAAUACUUCUCCAAGUCAUUUUCCGUGCUUGAAAGAAUUGAAGAUUGUUAGUAUGGAUAGUGAUUUUCCAUUGACAAAGAUUUUGAGUAGCAGUAACCUAACUUCUUUGGAAAAGCUCUCGAUCAGGAAUAUAUCAACGCUCACUUGUCUUCCCCACUUGAAAGGAUGCCAGAAAUAUCUUCGAGAGUUGAUUAUUGAAGGUUGUGACAAAUUGAGAGAAUUACCUGAUUAUCUACAUAGCUUCUGGUCUCUUAAGUCUUUGAGAAUAAUUGAAUGUCUAAGUCUGCAAUCAAUUUCAUAUCAAAGUGGACAAAAAGGCCCCCCUUCUCUUCGACGUUUGGAAAUUAGGGAUUGCUCUGAGCUGAGCUGCCUACCAAGUGAAAUGAUUGAGUCCAUCAAGUGUCUAGAGGAACUAUACGUGACUGGAUGCGAGAAACUCAUUUCUUUUCCAAUAGAUUUGGGGGAAUUGCCCAAGGGAAUUGGCCUUCUUAGCAACUUAACGGACUUGGCUAUUGGUGGAUUCUCAGAAUCAAUUGAUUUCAACUCAUUCCAAGCUGCUCUCAACGGCAUCCAACAAUCCAAAUCUCUCAGGCAUUUGACUUUAUAUGGUUGGGAACAAUGGGACUCAUUGCCAUAUCAGCUUCAGUAUCUCACAUCGCUCUCAAGAUUAAAAUUAGUAGGUUUUGGAAUUGAAGCAUUGCCAGAGUGGUUUGGGGGUCUGUCGUCUCUGAAAAAAUUAAAUCUGAUUUUCUUAAAAAAGCUUAGACAUAUGCCCUCUAAGGAAGCGAUGCAACGCCUCACCAAUCUAGAAUAUUUACAGGUUUAUGACUGUCCAUUGUUGGAGGAGAGGUGCAGGGAAGAAAGACGCCCUGAUUCUGAGUGGUCAAAGAUUUCACAUAUUCCUUUCAUAUCUAGUGGGCUACAUGUUUAA